UCUCUCUGUUUUCAAAUUCUUCACACUUCCGAGAGUCGCAUCCAAACCAAGCCCCGAAUCGGAGCCCUGAAAAUAACCGAUGGGAUUCAAUCGGACCCUCUAAAAUGAACCCCUCCUCCUCUUCUUCCUCUCCGCCUUCCACUUCCGCCGGUUCCUGGUUCUCCGGCGUCGUCCGCGGCCGAUCCGACAAGGCUGGCUCCGUCAAGAUGGGAUCGGACUCCGCUUCCGGUGGCCCCGGUGAAUUUUCCGGCCCUGUUGUGCGGAAGAAUCAGUUCCGAGGAGUGAUGUUCAAGUACGGCCCCAAACCAAUUCAGGUUGCUUUUAAAACAGGUGAUUAUAGACAGCAAGUCAUCUUUAUUGGUGGAUUGACCGAUGGCUUUCUGGCAACAGAAUAUUUGGAACCUCUUGCAAUUGCUUUGGAUAAGGAGAAAUGGUCACUUGUUCAACUGCUCAUGUCAUCUUCAUACAAUGGCUAUGGCACUUCCAGCUUGAAACAAGACGCGAUGGAACUUGAUCAGCUGAUUAGUUAUUUUAUAAACAAAGAAGAUUCUGAGGGUGUUGUACUGAUUGGCCAUAGUACUGGCUGCCAGGAUAUUGUCCAUUAUAUACGCACAAAUGCUGCAUGCUCUAGAGCGGUUCGUGCUGCCAUUCUACAGGCUCCAGUCAGUGAUCGGGAAUACAGAGCAACUCUUCCUGAAACAGCUGCUAUGAUUGACUUGGCUUCAACCAUGAUAACUGAAGGUCGUGGAUCUGAAUUAAUGCCUAGUGAAGCAGAUUUAGCCCCAAUAACAGCAUGUCGGUAUCACUCGCUUUGUGCAUACAAUGGGGAUGAUGACAUGUUUAGUUCUGACCUUACUGAUGACCAGCUGAGAUUAAGACUUGGGCACAUGACCAACACACCUUGCCAGGUUAUUUAUUCUAUGGCUGAUGAGUAUGUGCCAGACUAUGUUGACAAGAAAGCAUUGGUUCAAAGGUUGUGCAAAGCAAUGGGUGGUGCAGAGAAAGUUGAAAUUGAACAUGGGAAUCACUCCCUUUCUAACAGAGUUCAUGAAGCUGUUGCUGCGAUAAUUGAUUUUAUCAAGAGAGACGGACCUAAAGGGUGGGAUGAUCCAUGGACUUAAAGGGAGUUGUGUUUAUACUGUAUUCUCCAUUCUAAAUUAUUUAUUUUCAUUUGAUUCUGAUUUUUUAUCUUAGUGGUUUCUUAGCCUUUUCUUUUUAUACUGUCAAGUGAACUGUAAUCAUAUCUUGCCUCUCAUUGUUGAAAGAGAUCAUCCUUGUUUUGUCCGACUUUAGCAGUGUCGAAUCAAACAUCUGUGAAUAGCUUAAUCAUUUAUUCUUAUAAGAAAAUUUGAUCAUAUUAUUAUCUUCUUAUGCUAGACCAUUUCA